CUCCAAAGUCUUCACACGACUGGCUAUCUCCAUCGCGACAUCAAACCUGAAAACUUCCUCCGAGGCACUGGUAAGCAGGGCAACAUUGUCUACAUGACCGAUCUUGGACUCGCCGCCUAUGAGGGGGAUUCGUACGACCAAGCCACGAGUCACAAACCUGCGGGACCUUCCCCCCCCCCCGGAUCUCAUUGGUUGGCACGUGCCGGUAUGCCAGCGUUAACGGCCAUUUGAACGUCGCUCCAUCGUGGCGUGACGACCUUGAGUCGCUAGAGUACAUGGCCUUGUAUUUCCUUCGUGGAUCACGUCCCUGGCAAGGGAUGCAGGCGCCCAGUCGCCAAGAGAAACACCGCCUUGUUUUGGAGCGGAAACAGACAUUUCCUGUGACUGAGCUAUGCGAGGCACUU